AUGGAGAAGGUGAACAUCGAGCCAUGUGUGAAGAUGGACACCCAAACCCUUGAUCUUCUCAAGAUAAGAGAUGAUGUCACAUGGUACAUAAGGAAGCUAGGCUUGAGCAAGCUCUUCAAGCUAGAAUGUAGUGAGUACUCACAACUCACCAAGGAGUUCCUCUCCACAGUAGCUCUUGCCUUUCCCAACCACAAUGGAGACCAACCAGCUGGUGAUGGACUCCUACUCUUCAAGAUAGGCGAUGCCAAUGGGCGCAUCUCCAUCUCAGCUCUAUGCCAACUCUUUGGACUUCCCAAUGAGACAGCACAUGACUUCAAGGAGAACUCAAAGAGGAAACAAGCUGCCUUUGCUGAUUGGACACACUUUGCCAAUGAACCAUUCUUGCCUUCAAGGUCAAAGGUGUCUAGAAUCACUCAUCCAGCCAUUCGCUAUGUGCACCGCCUCAUCUCCACCACUUUCCAAUGCAAACAAGAAGCCAACAAGGUCACAACUGAUGAGUUCUACAUCCUCACCACACCAUUCAUCAAGCAUGAGUACAAGGCCAACCUUGGACUUUUACUUGCCAAGACAUUCAUCAAUGUGAGGAAGCUAGCUCAAGACUUGGAAGGCAACAAGAAGCUUUGUGUUCGUUUUGGGAAGGCAACAAGAAGCUUUGUGUUCGUUUUGGGAGGCUUAUCACGGCCAUAG